AGCAAGUCUGUUAACAGCACUCUAAGCUUGCAGCUAGGUCAGGAUAUUUUUGUGUGAAAUCUCUGAGGAAGGAAGAACAUUGAGCCAGGGCAAAACCAUGUCCAUUCUGGGGAUUCAUGCCAGAGAGAUCUUUGAUUCUCGAGGAAAUCCCACCGUUGAGGUUGAUCUCUACACUGAAAGAGGCCUGUUUAGGGCUGCUGUACCAAGUGGUGCUUCAACAGGUAUUUACGAAGCUUUGGAGCUCAGGGAUAAUGACAAGUCUCGCUAUCUUGGAAAAGGAGUCUCUCAAGCUGUACAUAACAUCAAUUCCAUAAUUGCACCUCAUCUUGUGGGUCAAAAUGUUUCUGUGGUUGAUCAAGAGACUAUUGACCAGAUGAUGAUUGCCCUGGAUGGCACUGAGAACAAAGCCAAGUUAGGUGCCAAUGCAAUUCUUGGCGUGUCGUUGGCUGUCUGCAAGGCUGGUGCUGCAGAAAAAGGUGUCCCUCUUUAUCGCCACAUUGCUGACCUGGCAGGAAACCCUCAAGUUAUUUUGCCAGUGCCUGCUUUCAAUGUGAUCAAUGGUGGAUCACAUGCAGGCAACAAAUUAGCUAUGCAGGAAUUUAUGAUUCUGCCAGUCGGAGCAACAACAUUCAAAGAAGCUAUGCGCAUUGGAGCAGAGGUCUACCAUAAUCUCAAAAAUGUCAUCAAGAAAAAGUAUGGGCAGGAUGCUACCAAUGUAGGGGAUGAAGGUGGCUUUGCUCCGAACAUUUUGGAAAACAAAGAAGCUUUGGAGUUGCUGAAGGAGGCUAUUGCCAAGGCAGGAUACACAAAUGAGGUGGUGAUCGGCAUGGACGUGGCUGCUUCUGAGUUUUACAGGAAUGGAAAAUACGACCUAGACUUCAAAUCUCCAGAUGAUCCAAGCCGCUAUAUCACUCCGGAUGAGCUCGCUGACCUCUACAAAAGCUUUGUGACAGCUUACCCAGUGGUGUCCAUUGAGGAUCCCUUUGAUCAAGAUGACUGGCCUGCGUGGUCUAACUUCACUGGGAGCACUGACAUACAGGUGGUUGGAGAUGACCUCACUGUUACAAAUCCCUCUCGCAUCUGUAAGGCGGUGGAUGAGAGGGCCUGCAACUGCCUCCUGCUUAAAGUCAACCAGAUCGGCACUGUCACCGAGUCUAUGAGGGCAUGCAGGAUGGCCCAGGAGAGCGGCUGGGGGGUCAUGGUCAGCCAUCGCUCUGGAGAAACUGAGGACACCUUCAUUGCAGAUUUGGUGGUUGGAUUAUGCACUGGACAGAUCAAGACAGGUGCUCCUUGUCGCUCAGAGAGGUUGGCAAAAUACAACCAGAUUCUCAGGAUUGAAGAGGAGUUGGGAGACAGAGCCCGGUUUGCUGGGAAGAACUUCAGAAAACCAUUAAUGUAACUCAACAAAGAACCAACCUUUUAAAUCAAAUUAUACAAU